AUCCACACAUUAUGAAACAUGCGGCACGGCGAAUUUAUCAGACACGCUUAUUUUAAAAAUCAGAUUAAAUUCAUAGGUUAAAUAUAAUAUGCGAUUAUUCGAAAGUAAUAUCGAUAGACACUAAACAUAAUAAAUCAACAGUCUUUAAAAUGGAAGGCGAUACGUUUCAGCAAUGGAAGAAUCAAUGUCUUAAUAAGAGUGAUUUCAGUAAGAAGGGGAGUGUUGAUGAAGACAUUUCUCAUAUCGUCUCUUUUAUUAACAGCCAUGAUAAAUACUUUACUACAAGCUCCUGUUCCGGAAGAAUUAUACUUUUUGAUGGGGUUUCAGAUUGCCCUGAUGUGCAAAAACAAAACUGUUCCUGGUUAUUUGUUACCCACCACAAGUGUCAAGGAGAAGAUGUGGUCACAGGUUUGGCGAAGUCUGUUGGAGAAGCCACAUUUAAAUUUGAGCCAUUUGUACUCCAUGUUCAGUGUAAACACCUUGCAGAUGCACAACUACUGCACAAGGUUGCAAUAAACUCUGGCUUCAGGAAUUCUGGAAUAACUGUGGGAAAGAAAGGAAAGAUAAUCAUGGCAGUGCGCAGCACACAUUGUCUUGAGGUUCCUCUCAGCCACAGGGGUAAAGUUCUUGUGAAUGAUGAGUACCUUGAUUUCCUUGUUGGAGUUGCUAACCAGAAGUUGGAAGAAAAUCUUAAGAGAAUAGAAAGAUUCGAUGAGUGCUUACUGGCUGCUCUGCAACCUCAAGAAGAGAAAUGUAGUUUACUGGAGGACAUGGACAAGAAACCAGUGUACAGGCGAAGGAGGAAACGGAUACAGGACAGUUCUGAGACAGACUGUGACAGCCAAAGUGUCAAUGAACAAAAUGAAAGCAAUCAGGAAGAAACUGACUGGAAUCUAAUGCUGUUAUCAUAGGCAAUCUUCCCUUUCAUCAUCUGAUCAUCAUUUUUGGGAUUUUUAGCUCCAGAUUUCCUCAACAAUGCACAUGUGGUUUCAAGAACUAGCCUAUUUAAAUAUUUGUAAAUAUUGGCAACAAAAUUUUCUUAAUAAUAACAAAACAAAACGGAAACAUACUAAAAAACCCACAUCCUCUCUGAAAACCUUCACACUUGCUUCUUGAACAGCUAGCAGCUAUCUCGCAUGCUCUUAGUGAAUCUGCUUCAGUUUAACAUUCCAUAACAUCAAAAGCUUUUUUGCCUGUGCAUUAAAUAGUCCAGUGUUGCUUUUCUCUGCAAAGAAGGAAUUAACCAUGUUUUUCAUGUCUGACAAUCCAUUUGUCAGGCAUCUUUGUGAAAAUUCGAUGUGGUUUGGAGCCCAUUACCUCUGGAUUAGUUGGCAUUACUGUCUGGGCCUAGUCCUGCAACGGCUCAUUUGGGUGACUUGCCUCAUUAACAGUCCCGUCUCUGCCAUGUGGAUCUGCUUCAUUCUGGUUAUGAUUACUCUUUUUCAUUAAAGACUUUUGUGCUUUAAAUAAAGAUAAGCUAUAAAGCAUACAUUAUGUGGUUUCAUGACAUAUUGAAUAAGAGUUUUUGUAAUGUUACAUACACCAGUAGAUGGGGUUAAUGCACCUUUAAAAACGUCACUAACUGUUUGCCACAACUGUUUCUGCAGUUCAAUAAUCAGUUAAAAUGAUAUAAUUGAAAAAGUAUCAAUUAAGUGUGUAUAAACUUUUGUAACAUCAGGAUAUAAACAGGACUGUCAAAUGAUUGUUUAGUAUUACUUUUAUUAAGUGACAUUCUUUACCAAGGCGUAUUAAAGGUUUAUCUUUUUUACAGUAAACUAUAGGCAUAAUUUAGUAAUCUUAUUUUACAUAAGAGUCAUGAAAAUGUAUGUUAUUUUCUAAACGUGAGUCAAUCAGUCGAGUUACCAGAAAAACGUGAAAUGACGCGAAACACUAAAGCGUGAUCUCAGCUGUCGGAUUGUUAGUGACCCACAUACACCAGUAGAUGGGGUUAAUACACCUUUAAAAACAUCACUAACUGUUUGCGACAACUGUUUCUGCAGUUCAAUAAUCUGUAUUUAUUGUUAUUGGCAAAUAAACCAGAGUAAUUACACGCUAAAUAGCCUAC